AUGAGCGUCCCAAGCCGCAGUACGAAGGCCGCGGCGUGGACGACUUGCUCCACGUCAAGGACUUUUGCGCGAGGGGCGACGGCGCGCGAUGGACGAUACAGCCGCUUUCCAAUCCAACGGGCCGUAGACUCGAGCCAGGAAAAGAUACUGUUCGUGGUUCCCAACCUACAGCCAGGACUGCAUCGGCGGGCAGCGGUGCCGAUGCGCGAGGGCUGCGGCUGGGACGUACCUCAGAUCUCGAAAAACGGCACCAUGAUUUUGCCCGGGUUUGUGCCCCCCUUGGGCCAAAUCAUCAACAUUUUAGGACGCAUGUGCGAGCAGCCGCAGCAGACCAAGACGAGCACCACGAUCAGGGCGCAGAAGUCGCGGCCUUCCCAGCCCACGGCGAGGCUAUCAGCGAGGCCGGACGCCAACCAAAACGAGAUCAAAUGCUUCGGUAGCGGGCACAAGAUAGACAACACGCGGCUGCGGCUGGGCAUCGACUCGUUCUGCAGCAACAUUGGCUUCGACGCCAAAGGCGUCGGCGCCCGCGGCCUCAAUGACAGGGCCGCCACAGGGGAGCUUACGGGCGGCUACAAGAGAGAGGACACCAAGACCCUCGAAAACAAGACAAGAUCAGCUUCAGCUUCGAGGUGUUGGAUGGCUGUGCGUGGACGUUUGACCUCGACGAAUGCGCGCGGUACUUCAAGACGGCCGUCGACAGCUGCAACUGCGACGGAGAGAAUGGGAAGCAGGACGGCUAUGGGGGAAACAAUUAUCUCAAGUGGAUGA